AUGCCACCCUUUCAGCUUCGCCUAUUUCGGCAAUCAGACUUGAAAGAAGUCACAGUCGUCAUCUGCACGCCAUUUGCUUCGGUCGUGAUGGUGGCUCAAAUCGGCUCAAGCACGAUGUGCCGGGCCUUCUUUCAUGGCAUCUACGCCAUAGCACGCAAUGGCCUGUGGGACGAUCCGGCGGAGGCUGUCACAGGCACUGUCUAUACACGAUUCCAGAAAGUGGUGGUGGAGAGCCGCAACAACGAAGAUGCUGCGGCCUACUUGACCUGGCGCUUCAGCUACCUGAUCUGCCACGUGGUUUUUGCACUGAUCUGGGGUGCUGCCAGUUUUGCGGAUUGGACCCCGAACAGGAACACCUACGACCAAAUCAUUGCGCAGCUGCCGGCCGACAUUCAAGCCAAGCGCUUCGAGACCUUUAUCGCGCUGAUGUCCUGGUGGGACCCGUUUCUCAUGUAUGUUUGGUGCAUCUCCUUUGUUCUGGUCCUGUGCGCCGUGGUCACCGCAGCGCCGGCGCUGGCAUUGAGAUGCGCAGGAAUAUCGCGACGGUUGGUUUGGUUCUCCUGGCUGUGGAACUUCGUGGUGCCUUUCACCGUUCUCCUGAUAUUUCCACUUCGGGAGACCAUCGACUGGACAGGCAUUCAGGAGGAUCUGUGCGUAGUCGCGGUGUCCCGCGCACUCGCAUCUCCGGGGAUCGACAUGAGCUCGGCACUGGGCAGCUUGCAGCAGCAGGGUCUCGCUGGGCUGGCGACAUUGCAAUCCGCUGUGCAACAACAGGCUUCUCAGGACAUUAAGAUCAACGACGUCCCCGUCCGCACGUGGUGUCAAGAGCAGGGAUCGAACUGGCACUCUGUCUUCUGUGACAGCGUCAUGCGCUGCGUUGUGAUGGCGGACCAGCGUUGCAGGGAAGAGGUUUGCGAUGCAGCCCCGGUAUCGGAACAAGUGAUCUGUCAGACACGUUGCCUGGACUACGCCCAGAGCUCCCAGACAGCAGCAGCCACAGCCUUCACUGACUCCAUGCAAAGCGAAUGCUCUGAUUUCCAGAGAAACCAAAGUUCAGGCCAAAACAUCACCGCCGGUCUGGGCGCAGGUAUUCCGAGUGAGUGCGUGGAGGCGGCUACACGGCAGCUCCAGCUGUUCAACGCGCUGGCACAACAGCAGCAGGUCAGCUAUGAGGACCAAUGCUCCUACGCGAGUCUCGCGGUGAAUAACGUCGACUUCGUGGCGGGCAUGUUCGUGGGUGUGGAGGCCGGCAGUUUGCUGAUUCCGGCGGGGCUCAGCGUGCUGGGGGGCCUCGCCGAGUCCCUCUACAAUGUGAAGGCGCUCUUUCCAGGCCACCAAGAGGUUCCGUGGAUGCUGGUGAUCACCUCUUUCGAGGCACUUCCCAUCUAUACCGCCUACUUGGCCGUCAUACAGCAGUUUGUGGGCAACUGGAUCCUGGCGGUCGCCUGCCUCAGCUUCAUCUGCUGGAUUGUGCUCCCUGCUCUGACGGGAAGCCUCAGCCUAAAGCUCCGGCCUGGCUACGAAGGCCGCUGGAAGUUCUACCGAAAAGUUUGGGUGGAGUACGGCCUCCGCGUCCCGAUCAUCAUCGCCAUUUUUUUCUCCAUGAGCGGGUUCAUGAGAGACAGGUUCGGUAACGAGUUCCUGCAGGGCCGAAACCCUCUGCCCAUGCUGGUGUUCUCUGUGUUGGAGUACUUCGCGCGAAAGACGCUGACGGCAGUAGCUGGAACCGAUGCGAUGAUUUCAGGUUUCCUGCAGUCAGAGUCCUGGCGAGCUGGUUUCACAGACCAAGACAAGACGGUCAAUAAGGACCGCUUGGAUACCCUCUCGUCCAUCAUCUUAUCCUCCUCCAAGACUCGCGCCUGUGCAAUUGCUGAUGGGUCGGACGACGUCAAGAACCCACGAUCUGGUCAGGAAGCCAUCUCUACGAAGGGCGCCAAGAGCACCGAGUCCCUGGUUGUUUCACCCCACCAAGUCCAGGAAAUCCAGGAGCUCCAUGAAGUGGAAGUGCACGAGCUGCACGAGGGUCACCAAAGUCACGAGGACGGUGUUAAACACCUCGAGGCCGACUCCCGGCCGUCCGACGUGGGAGACCGAACAUUGAAUUGA